AUGUGUGGUCCAACAUCGCAUCAAGCACCGUAUCCACUCCUCUCGGAGCAGGCCACGCGCCCUGUUCGUCCACUGCCUAUCCGCAGUAUCCAAGAGAAGCGGAUCCACGAAUUCAUCGGCGGACAAUUUGCCUCGGACAACGUCUCGUCCCUCCUCUACGCCGGGCGCACCAAUGCAACAGAAAACGUCCAAAUAGAAAGCUGGAGUCCGCCAAAUGGCAUGCGUCCAAAUUUCGCCGAGGCGAGCGCACAAACCUUCCGACCAUGUCGAAUUGGCGACAAGUUCGGCCCAAGCUGGUCCAACCACUGGCUGAAGCUCACUCUGAGCGUGCCCACCGAGUGGGCCGACCUCGAUGGCGUCGAGCUCGAAUUCGAUGCGAGCUGUGAGGCGCUCAUCUUCGACCAACACGGCAACCCUCUGCAAGGUUUCACAGGCGGACAGGAAUUCGAUCGUCGCCACGACUUUCCAUUGCCAAAAGGCGACAAGGCACGCAAAGGUGCCGUCUACUACGUCGAGAUCACAGGCAACGGCAUGUUUGGCAUCCACGGGAAAGACACGAGGUACUACGACCUUGGAAUCGGAUCGGAUCCGGAUCCAGAUCGCUACUUUGAGCUCGCCAAGGUCGAUCUCGUGCUCAAGCGGCUCGAGGCGUGGCAGCUCAUGUACGACUUUACCACGCUCCAGCAGUGUGUCGAAGAGCUGCCCAAGGACGGAGUGCUGCAGAACAAAGCGCUCUUCAUCGCCAACGAGAUCAUGAACAUCUUCCGCAGAUCCGACGUGUCCAGCAUCGCUCGCUGUCGUCAGCUCGCCGGGGAAGUGUUCGGAGAAGCAUGGUCGUCAUCAGCCUCGUCUCUCUUUGCUGGUGAUGCCGAGAUAGCCAGCAAGGACAACAAGGCUUUGGUUUGGAGUCUAGGCCACUGUCAUAUCGAUUGCGUCUGGCUAUGGAGCUUCGAUGCGGCGCAGCAAAAGGUGGCACGUUCGUGGACGACGCAGCUAGCGCUCAUGGAGCGAUAUCCCGAGUAUCGCUUUACCGCCAGCUCUCCGCAGCAAUUCAAGUGGAUAGAGACACUCUAUCCUUCGCUCUUUGAGCGGAUCCGCCAAAAAGUCAAGGAGGGCCGCUUCCAGCCGAUCGGUGGCCUGUGGGUCGAGUGCGAUGCCAACAUGCCGAGCGGCGAAUCGUUUGCUCGCCAGCUCUUGUACGGUCAGCGCUACUUACAUUCGCGCUUUGGAACCACUAGCAACGUCUUCUUCCUGCCCGACUCGUUUGGCUACAACAGCCAGAUCCCGCAGCUGGCACGACAGGCAGGAUUCGACUACUUUUUCACGCAGAAGCUCUGCUGGAACCGCACCAACACCUUCCCGCACUGCACCAUGAUGUGGACCGGCCUGGACGGUACUCAGAUCAUCUUCUCACAGAGCUCCAUCCCCAACUACAACAGUCGGUGCGGGAUCAACGAUAUGAUCAAAGCGACUCGGCGCAAUCCAGAUCUCGGAGUCCAGCCCAGCUGCCUGCACCUCUUUGGUUUCGGCGACGGCGGCGGUGGUGCCAAUCCUGAACACAUCGAAAGACUGCGCAGGGCACGAGCGCUGCACGACAACGGCUACACCGAGGUUCCCAAAGUCACACUCGGGCGGAGUGCAAAGGACUUCUUCGAGCACGUUCUCGAGACCACUCGUAAUGGCGAUCGCCUCGCGACCUGGAGCGGCGAAGUGUACCUCGAGUUCCACCGUGGCGUCUACACCAGCCAGGCCGAAAUGAAACGGUGGAAUCGUCUAGUCGAGCUGCGGCUGCACGACAUCGAAUGGCUCUGCACCCUGGCUGCGGUUCGCGAUGCUGGGUACAGCUAUCCUCACGAGCGGCUCUUGCAGGUGUGGGAGCCGUUCAUGCUCGGUCAAUUCCACGACUGCCUUCCGGGCAGCUCGAUCCGCAAGGUGUACGACGACAUGAAAAACACCUACGCCCGCUUGACGGUCGAGAUGGACCAGCUCCGGGCUGAAGCCAGUGCAGUCUUACAUGCACAACAGCCUGAUCGUGCUGCCUCUGCGGAUGCGAUUCUCCUCGCGCCAAACACUCUCGCCAUGCCGCGGCAGGAGGUGGUCGAACUGGAUGCGGCCGCCUACGACAAGCUACAAAGCAGGCCGCAAGUGCUGCAAAAGCUGCAAAACGGAAAUUCGCUGCUUCUGCUCCGAGAUAUCCACGCUUGUGGUGUUCUGAAGCACACCGCAUCUUCAUCCCAGCAAGAACCGGUAUCCGCGCGUCAAGAGGGCGAUGCUUUCGUGCUCGAAUCGGCCGACAUGCGCUUGUGCAUCCAGGAUGGCCGCAUCUCUUCCAUCUACGACAAGGCGGAACGGCGCGAGAUGGUGGCAUUUGGUCAGUCGGCCGGUCUCUCCAUCAGUCAGGACUAUCCGCCCGAGUUCGACAACUGGGAGGUGGAGAUGUACUCGCUCGACACCGUGGAGCAGCUCGCUUUCGAGACGGUAGAGAUCGAGGAUGUCGGCCCAUAUCGAGCGAGCCUUUCCGCGACACUCGCGAUUGGUGAAGCGAGUCGCGCCAAGGUUAGCAUCUUUAUGGACGCGAUCCCGCUCAUCCCUCAGCUUGCGAAUGGAGAGCAGGCGCGGACAGCGGUGCAGAUCCGGCUGUCGAUCGACUGGCACGAGUCGCAUCGUUUCCUGCGAUUCGAGGUGCCAACGACAAUCCGGGCGGAUAUGGCGAACUUCGAAAUGCAGUUCGGACACGUAGCGCGACCGACGACACGCAACACGUCGUGGGAGGCAGCCAAGUUUGAAGUGUGCGGCCAUCGAUUCGCGGACCUGUCCGAGCCGAACUACGGACUGGCGAUGCUGACGCAGACCAAGUACGGCUACUCGGUCGAGGGCGGUCUGAUGCGUCUGUCGCUGCUCAAGGCUGGGGCGUAUCCAGACUCGCAGAUGGAUCGUGGAAGCCACGUGGUUGAUUUUGCCCUCUAUCCGCAUCGCGGCAACCUCAUGGAUGGCGAUGUGGUAGCAGUCGCCCGAGCGUACAACGCAAAGCCGGUCCUCCCCGGCCUCUUGCGCGAAGGAAGUGAUCCAAGCGCGUGGGCAUGUCCAGUCAGAGUGGUGCAGGAUUCGACGGCUCGGUACAGCCACGUGGUGUUGGAGACGGUCAAGAUGGCUGAACCACGACUGGACGGUGGCAAAGAGGGGAAGAGCAUCAUUUGCCGCCUGUACGAGGCGUUUGGCACGCGCAGCAGCGUCACGCUCGAGUGCGACCUGCCAGUUAAGCGUGUAAGCAUCACCGAUCUUCUGGAGCAGGACCACGAUGGAGAGACAUGCGCCUUAAACGAGGCAGGAGCCCUGUCGAGCGAUGGGCUGCUCAAAGCCGUGCUGCACCUUCGCGCGUUUCAGUUCAUGACGGUGCGCAUCGAGCUUGCGUAG